AUGAUGACGUGCCGUCUGCUGUGCGCCCUGUUGGUGCUUGCCCUGUGCUGCUACCCUUCCUUAUGCGCGUCAGAGACUCAGCAGAAUCAAGCUCAGGCUGAUGGAAACGACUCCAGGACCCCACCCCCUCCACCAGAGCCAUCAACCACAACGACGACCGGUGAUCCAAAGCCCCCUGUAUCAGAGUCAACACGUGGGGAUACCGGUCUCUCAGGGUCCUCAAGCUCAGGGCCCGUUAAUGAACCGGAAACACCUACCGGGGAAAACAGUUCGAAGAGUACGGUGAUGCAAUCAGUUGACACGAAAAAAACGGCAAAGACAGACGGUACGGCAGGGACAAAAAGUCUCACGCACCCAUCUGCAGAGAAAGCAGGUCAGAACGCCGAAGCUUCUGCCAAGACAACCACGACAACCACCACUACAACACAGCCACCAACUACAACGACCACGACUACGACGACCACCACUGCGCCAGAGGCACCAAGCACUACGACUACGGAGGCACCAACUACGACGACCACCCGCGCACCGUCACGUCUUCGCGUAAUCGACGGCAGCCUCGGCAGCUCUGCGUGGGUGUGUGGCCCGCUACUGCUCGCCGUAUCCGCGCUGGCGUACACCACUGUGGGCUGA